AUGUCGGCCAAGGCUGUGUCGCCGGGCGCUGCGCUCCUGCGCACGUCGCGGCUGUUCUCGCUGCCGAGCCAGCUGCCACCGGCGCCGGGCGAUGUGACGGGUGCCGGCAAGCGUCUGUCGGAGAGCGCGACGAAGCCGUUUCCGACGCUGCAGGCGAUUGCAUCGCCCAAGGCUUCGCGGAGCCGCGGCGACUGGGGCUUCAAGCGACCGCUGCCGUCCAAGGUGACGACCAAGUCGACGGCGCCGCUGGUGCGCGUGAAGCAGGUCGACUCGAUCGAGCAGAUCACAGACUUUGCCACGGCCACGGACCACGCGGUGACGCUGCGCAAGUGGCAGGAGAUGGGCGUGCCCAUCACGCUGCAGACCGACGCCCAGCAGCACAAGCACCUGCCGGGCAAGUCCGUGUUCGAGGAGGCGGCCGACAUGAUCGCCAUCGAGCCGAGCAAGAAGCACACGACCGACGACAAGCGGUGGAAGUUCCAGGGGCCCUGGCUGGCCGGCAUCACCGAGGGCGCCUUCCAGACGUACCUCAAGAAGCAGGUGCGCACGCGGCGGCCCGAGUUUCGCGACUUUCUGCGCGUCCAGCUGGCCACCGACAUCAACCGCGACGCCUCGGCCAAGGCCAUGGAUGCCGGCACCGCUGCCGUGCCGCCUGUCGCUGCGGCCGACAUCACCGACGCCCAGCUGACUGAGUACCUGCGCAAGCUGCGCCAGGACCGUCCGCUGCUGUACCGCCUUGUCGGCAAGUUCCUCGACCUCGCCCCGCUCGAGCCGUCCGACAAGAUCUUCCAGAGCCUGGCUCGGUCCUCGUUCUCGCUGGCCGGCUCGCCCUCGCUGCUGUCAUCGUCCUCGGCCGCCACUUCCUCGUCCCUCUCGCCGCUCUCGCCGCUCUCACACCUCGGCAGUUCUCGCGGCGCCGCCAAUCCCUGGGCCCAAGAUGGCCCCCCCAUCACGCACCCGUCCGCCGGGCUGUCGUACCUCCGCACUGCCGCCUACCUCGACAACCAUCCGCUCUAUGGCCCGCAAAAGUCACAUCCACCCGUUCAGGCCCGCGUUGUCUCGCCGCGCAACGCCAGCGGCUCGUUCCCUGCCAAGCUCGGCGUCGGUGGCUUCGUUACCGACAACCCGUUUGGCGAGACCGCCUACCACAUCCGCAACUCGAACUCGCGCACCAUUCCCGGGCUCAGCAUCAUCGACCCCAAGAUCGCCGGCGGCUCCAAGAUCCCCAUGCGCGUCUCCGCUGCCAAGGUCAACUCUCAGGGCCGCGUCGUCGUCUCCGUCACCGAGGCCGACCCCGAAGCUGUCCUGGUGCAGCGCGAGCUCGAGGGCAAGGAGACCAUUUUUGGCCAGCCUGCACGCCUCCUCUCUACGCGCACGGACAGCUACCCGCGCAGCACUGUGCGCUAUGCUCAGAAUCUGCGCCAGAGCGCGUUGGUCAGCAGUCCCCAGAACUAUGGGCUGGGACCUUGA